AUGAAGCUCUCCAAGUUCGGUUUGGGGCUUGCGGGACUUGCGUCUCUCGUUGCUCCGGCUUUGACGCAGGGAACAGAGUGGCCGAUACUUGACAAUGGUUUGAAUGAAGUUGUGCAAUGGGACCACCACAGCUACUUCGUCAAUGGCCAGAGACUGUUCAUAUUUUCCGGCGAGUUCCACCCGUGGAGAUUUCCAGUACCCGAACUUUGGCGAGAUCUACUUGAAAAGAUCAAGGCGGCUGGCUUCAACACCUUCUCCAUCUACACAUCAUGGGGUUACCACAGCGCCUCACCGGAUGCUUUGGACUUCACCAAUGGUAGCCAUAACCUUACGUCCAUCAUGACCCUGGCCAAGGAGCUCGGCAUGUAUGUCAUCAUGCGCCCUGGUCCCUACGUCAAUGCCGAGACCAACGCUGGUGGCUUCCCGCUGUGGCUGACGACGGGUGAGUAUGGUGACCUCCGUAACGACGACGAUAGGUACACCGCAGCUUGGAAACCAUACUGGGAAGAAAUUUCCAGUAUUGUUAAGCCGCACCUCAUCACCAACGGCGGCAAUGUCAUCAUGUUCCAGAUUGAGAACGAGCUAAACGGCCAGUGGAAAAACAUUGCCAACCGAGUACUGAACCCAACUAUUGCAAACUACAUGCAGUUGCUUGAGGACAGUGCUCGUGACAGCGGUAUUGAUGUUCCCCUGGCUCACAAUGCUCCCAACAUGAAUGGGUACUCUUGGUCCAAGGACUUCUCCAGCGCCACCGGUAAUGUCGAUGUCGUUGGAUUGGACAGCUACCCCUCGUGCUGGAGCUGCAACCUCAGCGAGUGUACGGGCACAAAUGGCGAAUACAAGGCCUACAAGACCGCCGAGUACCUCUCCUACUUCAAUGUUCAGUCCCCCAAGCAGCCGAACUUUAUGCCCGAAUUCCAAGGCGGGUCGUACAACCCUUGGGGAGGCCCGCAAGGCGGAUGCCCGGCAGAUAUUGGCUCCGAAUUCGCGAAUCUCUUCUACCGAGACCUCAUCUCUCAGCGCGUCACAGCCAUCUCGCUCUACAUGAUGUUUGGCGGGACCAACUGGGGGCAUUCAGCAUGCCCUGUUGUGGCAACGAGCUACGACUACUCCUCACCGGUGUCUGAGAAUCGCGCUCUUUGGGACAAGUACUACGAGACGAAGCUUCUUGUUCUUUUCACUAGGGUCGCCCAUGAUUUGGCCAACACUGAUCGGGUGGGCUCUGGAACCAACUACACCACCAACGACGUUAUCACAGCCGCUGAACUCAGAAAUCCCGAGACCGACGCUGCGUUUUAUGUGGUUAGACACGAGGACUCAUCGUCAGGAACUGUUGAGACACUCCGUCUCACAGUCGACACAUCUGAAGGCGAGCUCACCAUCCCUCGGUUCGGCAAUUACAUUAAGAUCGACGGCCACGAGGCGAAGGUCCUCGUUACCGACUUCAAAUUCGGCGACAAGAAGCUGCUCUACUCGACUGCUGAGGUGCUUAGCUAUACUACCAUUGACGGCAAGCAGAUCCUCGCGUUUUGGUUGCCUCAGGGCGAGUCUGGCGAGUUUGCGAUCAGGGGCGCGUCUAAAGCCAAGGUGUUGCGCGCUGCCACGAAGAAAUCCGUGACGGUACGCAACGAGAAGAAGGGAAUCACAGUCUCAUACACCCAGAAGGCGGGCAUGAACUCCAUUAAGCUGAAUGAUGGUACACGUAUCUUGAUGCUUGAUCGAGAGACGGCGUAUCGUUUCUGGGUGCCAACUUUGGACAACGAUCCGUUUGCGCCUGUCAACAACACUGUCUUUGUCCAGGGCCCUUAUCUUGUCCGUUCUGCGGCAUAUGACGCGAAGAAGCGAGUGCUUGCUCUCACUGGCGACGAGGAAGAGGCGCAGACAAUCACAGUGUUUGGCCCCGAGAAGCUGCGUUCCAUCACUUGGAAUGGAGAAAAGGUUCCAGUCAAAUCUCGUGACGGCCCAGUUUAUGUUGCCUCCAUCAAAGGUCCUUCGACUGUGAAGCUUCCAUCUUUAGGUCCCUGGUCGUGGGCCGACAGUCUUCCCGAGAUUGCCAAUGAUUAUAAGCCGACUUCAGAUGGUUGGGUUGUUGCCAACAACACAAAGACUCCCAACCCGACCAAGCCUGCUGGCAACAACCCGGUCCUAUACGUCGACGACUACAAGGUCCACUACGGCAACAGCAUCUACAGAGCCACUUUCCCCAGCACGAAGAAGCCCCCAACGGGUGUCUUCCUCGAUCUUAUUGGCGGAUUUGCUUUUGGUUAUUCUGUCUGGGUCAACUCGGACUACAUCGGCUCUUACUACGGCCUCUCGUACCUCGGCUCGCACUCGGGAACCUUUUCCUUUGACAAUGCUACGCUCAAGGAUGAUGGCGAGAAUGUCUUGGUCGUGUUGAUGGACCAAAGCGGCCACGAGCUACGUUCAUCGGCGAUUGACCCUCGUGGCAUCACCAACGCAACUCUCGUCGGCUCGGGGAGUGACUAUAGCUUCACUGAGUGGCGGAUUGCCGGUAACGCUGGACUGGAGGACAACAUCGAUCCCAUGCGAGGACCGUUCAACGAAGGAGGACUCUAUGCCGAGCGAGUAGGCAUGCACCUCCCGGAAUACCCCGAUAACGACUGGACCGACCUCCCCAGCAGCACCACUACCCUCGUGGUUCCCUCCGCCGGUGUCCGCGUGUUCCGCACCGUCGCACCUCUUGACGUGCCCAAGGGUGUCGACGUUUCCAUCUCUUUCCACCUCACAGCAACCUCAGACGGUACCUUUACGCCCAGCAAGCCUGAAUACACGAACCGUCUACGGGCUCUGCUCUUCGUGAACGGAUAUCAGUACGGCAGGUUCAGCCCGUACAUCGGACACCAGAUUGACUUCCCCGUGCCGCCUGGCAUUCUCAACUACCAUGGUGAUAAUUCCAUUGUAGUGACGGUUUGGAGCCAGGCGAGUGAGGGAGUUGAGAUGAAUGUGGAGUGGGAGCUUAACUAUACUCAUUCUACCAGCUUUGACAUGGGAUUUGAGAGUAGUUACCUGAGACCGGGAUGGACCAAGGAUCGGCUUAGCUAUGCAUAG